AUGGAAUCACUUCCUUUAGAACAUGAUGCUAUACGUGUAGCAGCAGCAAAAUAUUUGGGAUUUCCUUUAACAGAAUUUUCUUUGGGUGAAGAUAUUCGACAAAAAUUGCAAUUUCAACAAACAUUUAAAACUGGAUAUGCACUACGUAAAGCAGAAUCAGAAUUAUUUAGGCAGGAUAGAGAAACACGUAAAGAUGCAGCAAAGGUUAUUAUUAUUUUUACUAACAAUCCAAAUAUUUUUAAUGAAAUUAUGCUUGAACAUAAACUAAAUGAAAUAAAAGACUUUAGAAUAUUUAUUGCUUCAAUUAUUGAUAUUAAAACAAAUAAUUCUAAUUUUGAUGAAAAUAAUAUAUUUAGCCAAAAAGAAUUGCCACAACUUCGUGAAUCAAUUUUAACCGAAGCAGAACGUGCUAGAGCAUGUUCAAGAAUUGGGGAUGAAGCAUUUAAUGGCCAAAGACGUAAUGGCCCAUCUACAAAUCAAAAUAUUGGUAAAAUAAGUAAUGGGGGUGCUUUUGCUUUAGCAGAGAAUAGAGAUCGUUUAAAUAAUAAUAUUGGAGAAUCAAAUGAUAAUAAUUUUGGGGCUGAAGCAUUUUUGCAACAAAGGCGUAUUGAGGCAGCUGAAAUGCUUGGAAUAGAUGAAGAAGGAAAUGAAGAAAUAAAUAAAUUAAAUAAAAAUGAGGAAGGAAUGGAGGAAGAACAAAAAAAUUUUGGAAAAAGUUUUGAGGUAAAAGGAAAUGAAAAUACACAAAUAGAAGAGGAAUCUAAUAAUAAAAUGUCUCAAAAUUCAAAACAAGAUGAACAAGAUAUAAGCAUUGAUGGAGAACAGGCUUUAUUAUUUAAUAAUGCUGCAGCUUUUAAAAUACCGUCUUUAAUAAAUGCCGAUGAACUAGAUGUUUUUGAUCCUUCAGAAAAUUCAAGGCCAAAUAGCCAAAUUAGAAGACCAUUUACUGGAGUAACAAUAAAUUCUAUAACUACACCCUCUUUUCCAAUUUCUCGAUAUCGGCCAAUAUUAGGUAGGAAGAAUUAA